AAAGGGAAAUGUGACAUCUUUUGUGGGACAAACUAAAAAGGAAAGUGUGACAUCUUUUGUGGGACGGAGGGAGUAUAUUCUAAGGAAGUAUUGAACUUUAUAGCAAUUGUUUUGACUGACAUUUUUGUUGUACAAGAAAUAGGAAGGAAGAAUGAAGUCAUCCAUAAUAGUCCAUGUGUUGUCCUUGCUUUGCUGUGGCGUAACUUUGACUAUGUCGUCGGUAUCUAUGUCGAGGACUAAUUGUGAUCCAAAGUGUGGAAAGGUCCCCAUUCCCUUUCCAUUUGGGAUUGGUUCCAAGUGUAGUGCAAAUUCUUCCUUCACUGUUAUCUGCCGGAAUUCCACAACACCAUUCUUGAGCAGCAUCAACAUGGAAGUUCUUAAUAUUUCCAUCAAAGGUACAGUCAUAGUAAAGCAGCCAGUGCCAUCACCUAUGGAUUGCUCUGCUACUCUGGCUACAGGUCAUCUCCCAAUAUCUCUCAAUGAAAGUCUGUUUACAAUCUCUGCACGCUUCAACACGUUGGCUGUGUCAGGCUGCAAGAAUUCGGUCUGGUUGCAAGCUAAUGAGACAACUACUAUAGGAGGAUGUACAUCCAUGUGUCCUGCCAAUUCCACAGAAACUAGCUGCAACGGCGUUAACUGCUGCCAAAUAACACUUCCACCACGACUCAAGGGGCUUGAGUACACGUACAAAACAAAUGAAGCUACCAAUGGUAAUAGCUCUUGUGGAUUUGUUCUCCCUGUUGAGAAAACAUGGUUAACAAGUCAUUACAAAAGCUUCAAAGCAUUAGCUCGAGGAAUCGGAUUUGCUCCUUUGGUACUUGAGUGGGAAUUUGGUGAACUCAAAGGUUAUACUAACAGUAUGUGCACAUAUGCUGAUGAUUAUUGCCUCUCACGUCCUGAUGAGUUUGGCCGCAGACAUGAAAUAGGUGAUAAUCCUUCUUGUUGGCUCAGACAUCUUCACGAUGAAUGCAGAUUUUAUCCUUCUAAUUAUUACUGCAAUUCAACAGAUGUUUCUUAUCUAUAUAUACUUGAAAGAGAUAAUAAGGAAUACUAUUCAGUUUAUUAUGAUGAUGAUGGUUAUGCAUCUUCAACCAAAUAUUGCUCUUGUCCGAGAGGGUUUGAAGGUAACCCGUAUCUACCAGAGGAGUGCAGGGAUAUAAACGAAUGCAGUGAUGCAACAUACGAUCGCUGUGAACCAUAUGUAUGUAACAAUAUAAUGGGGGGUUAUGAAUGCAUUGAUCAAAAUGCCAAGUAUAAAGCUCGUGUAAAAAAAGCGUUCAUCAGCGUUGGAAGUAGUCUCGGAGCUCUGAUUCUACUCCUCGUGGCAUGGAGGUCAGCAAAAGCCAUCAAAAAAAGAAUCAAGGCAAACCGGAGACGCAAGUUUUUCAAACGGAACGGGGGGCUGUUGCUGGAACAACAACUUUCUGCAACUGAUAAUGGCCUUGACAAGACAAGGUUGUAUAGCUCCAAAGAGUUGACAUUGGCUACUGAUAACUUUAAUGAGAACCGCAUACUUGGCCGUGGUGGGCAAGGCACUGUCUACAAAGGAAUGUUGAAGGAUGGUAAGAUUGUGGCAGUCAAGAAAUCGCAGAAGUUAGAGGAAGGUGACCUUGAAGUCUUCAUAAAUGAAGUGGUUAUACUGUCACAAGUGAACCAUAGGAAUGUGGUUAAGUUACUAGGGUGUUGUCUGGAGACUGAAGUUCCUCUUCUCGUGUAUGAGUUCAUCCCGAACGGAACCCUUUACCAACACAUUCAUGAGCCAAGUGAGGAAUUCCCGUUGACAUGGGAAAUGAGAAUGAGAAUUGCAAGAGAAGUAGCAGGUUCACUUGAUUACUUGCACUCUGCUGCAUCUGCGCCUAUUUAUCACCGUGAUAUCAAGUCGAAAAACAUACUCUUGGAUGAGAAAUAUCGCGCCAAAGUCUCAGAUUUUGGUACAUCAAGGUCGGUAUCUCUUGAUCAGACUCACUGCACCACCCGAGUUCUAGGCACCUUUGGCUACUUAGAUCCGGAAUAUUUUCAGUCUAGUCAGUUCACUGAAAAGAGCGACGUCUAUAGCUUUGGCGUGGUUAUGGUUGAGCUUUUAACUGGAGAGAAAGCCGUGACAGCAACUAGAGCUGUGGAAGGAUGGGGUUUAGCCUCACAUUUCUUGCACUCGAUGGAGGAAAACGUGUUGUUUGAGAUACUCGAUGCAAGGGUCCUCAAAGAAGGCAAGAGGGAUGAAAUCAUGGCUGUAGCUCAGCUUGCUAGAAGAUGUCUAAAUUUGAAUGGGAAGAGUAGGCCAACAAUGAAGGAAGUUGCCACAGAGUUGUAUGCAAUCAAAGGGGUGGAAGAAUGCUCGUAUGCUGAAGAUAGAGAUGAUGGUGGCAGCAGAGAGUUUCAUCCUCUUUCUAUAGAGCUUCCUGAGUCUAUCAGCUUCUCUUCCAUCACUCCGUUAUCGCCAGAAGCUGAGUAUCCAUUUCUUGAGCUUACCCAGAUUGGCACAACUGCACAACAGCUUUCUGCAACUGAUAAUGGCCUAAACAACGUUCGGCUGUAUAGCUCAAAAGAGUUGACAUUGGCUACUGAUCAUUUUAACGAGAACCGCAUACUUGGCCGUGGUGGACAAGGCACGGUCUACAAAGGAAUGUUGAAGGAUGGUAAGAUUGUGGCAGUCAAGAAAUCGCAGGAGGUAGAGGAAGGAGACCUUCAAGUCUUCAUUAAUGAAAUGGUUAUACUAUCGCAAGUGAACCACAGGAAUGCGGUUAAGCUACUAGGAUGUUGUCUCGAGACUGAAGUCCCUCUUCUUGUCUACGAGUACAUCCCAAAUGGAACCCUUUUCCAACACAUUCAUGAGCCGAGUGAGGAAUUCCCGUUGACAUGGGAAAUGAGAAUGACAAUUGCAAGAGAAGUAGCGGGUGCACUUGCUUACUUGUACUCUUCAGCAUAUUCGCCUAUCUAUCACCGCGAUAUCAAGUCAACAAACAUACUAUUGGAUGACAAAUACCGUGCUAAGGUGGUGGAUUUUGGGACAUCAAGGUCAGUAGCUCCUGAUCAGACGCACUUCACCACCUGCGUUGUAGGCACCUUCGGCUACUUGGAUCCAGACUUUGGCGUGGUUAUGGUUGAGCUUUUAACGGGAGAGAAAGCCGUGACAGCAACUAGAGCUGUGGAAGGAUGGGGUUUAGCCUCACAUUUCUUGCACUCGAUGGAGGAAAACGUGUUGUUUCAGAUACUCGAUGCAAGGGUCCUCAAAGAAGGCAAGAGGGAUGAAAUCAUGGCUGUAGCUCCGCUUGCUAGAAGAUGUCUGAAUUUGAAUGGGAAGAAAAGGCCAACAAUGAAGGAAGUUGCAGCAGAGUUGGAAGCAACCAGAAAGGUGGAAGAAUGCUCUUAUGUUGAAGAUAGAGAUGGUGGGAGCAGAGAGUUUCAUUCUCUUUCUAUUGAGCUUCCUGAGUCUAUCAGCUUCUCUUCCAUCACUCCGUUUUCGCCAGAAGCUGAGUAUCCAUUUCUUGAUUGUCUUAACAGCACAAGAAUAAGCCAGGAGGGAAGAAUGAAGUCAUCCAUAAUAGUCCAUGUGUUGUCCUUGCUUUGCUGUGGCGUGACUUUGACUAUGUCGUCAGUAUCUAUGUCGAGGCCUAAUUGUGAUCCGAAGUGUGGAAAUGUCAACAUUACCUUUCCAUUUGGGAUUGGUUACAAGUGUAGUGAGAAUUCCUCCUUCACUAUUGUCUGCCAGAAUUCCACAACACCAAUCUUGAGUAGCAUCAACAUGGAAGUACUCAAUAUUUCCAUCAAAGGUACACUCAUAGUAAACCAUCCGGUGUCGUCACCUAUGAACUGCUCUACUGAUCUGAAUACAGGUCGUCUCCCAAUAUCGCUCAAUGGAAGUCCGUUUACAAUCUCAGCACGGUAUAACACAUUGGCUGUAUCAGGCUGCAAGAAUUCGAUCUGGUUGCAAGCUAAUGAGACGACGACUGUAGGAGAAUGUACAUCCUUGUGUGCUGCCAACGCCAUUGAAACUAGCUGCAACGGUGUUAACUGCUGCCAAACAACAGUUCCACCACGACUCAAGGAGCUCGAGUACAAGUACAAAACUACUCAAGCUAGCAAUGAUGAUAGUAGCUCUUGUGGAUAUGUUGUCCUAGUCGAGAAGGAAUGGUUAACAAAUCAUUACAAAAGCUUCAAAACAUUAGGACGAGAAUUGGGAUUCGCUCCUGUGGUACUCGAGUGGGAAUUUGGUGAACUGCAAGGUUAUACUAACAGUGUUUGCACAUAUGCUAAUGAUCACUGUCUCUCACGUCCUGAUGAUUUUGGCCGCAGAUAUGAAAAUGAUAGUUCUUGGUCUUGUUAUCGCAGACAUCUUGAUGAUGAAUGCAGGAUGUAUCCUAAUGGUUUUCGAUAUUACUGCCAAUCAUCAUCAUCUGAAAUUCAUCAACUUUCAUAUAAUAGAUAUUAUGUGGAAUUAUUUUCCAUAUAUUAUCCUUCUGAUGGUUAUGCAUCUUCAACAAAAUACUGCUCUUGCCCUAGCGGGUAUGAUGGUAACCCGUAUCUCCCGGAUCAAUGCAUUGAUAUAGACGAAUGCAUGAGGAAUUCAACAGAGAAUCUCUGUGGAAAAUAUUAUUGUAACAAUGUAAGAGGGGAUUAUGAAUGUAUUGAUGAAAAGGCCAAAUAUAGAGCUCGGCUGAGAAAAGCGUUCAUCAUUCUUGGCAGUUGUCUCGGUGCUGUGAUUCUACUCCUCGUAGUCUGGAGGUCGACCAAAGCAAUCAGAAAAAGAAUCGAGGCCAACCGGAGACACAAGCUUUUCAAGAGAAAUGGGGGGUUGUUGCUGGAACAACAGCUUUCGGCAACUGAUAAUGGCCUUGACAACACCAAGCUGUAUAGCUCCAAAGAAUUGACACUGGCUACUGAUCACUAUAAUCAGAACCGCGUACUUGGCCGUGGAGGCCAAGGAACUGUCUACAAAGGAAUGUUGAAGGAUGGCAAGAUUGUGGCUGUCAAGAAAUCGCAGAAGGUAGAGGAAGGCGACCUUCAAGUUUUCAUUAAUGAAGUGGUUAUACUGUCACAAGUGAACCACAGGAAUGUGGUUAAGCUACUAGGAUGUUGUCUCGAGACUGAAGUUCCUCUUCUCGUCUAUGAGUUCAUCCCCAAUGGAACCCUUUACCAACACAUUCAUGAGCCGAGUGAAGAGUUCCCCUUGACAUGGGAAAUGAGAAUGAGAAUUGCAAGAGAAGUAGCGGGUGCACUCGCUUACUUGCACUCUUCAGCAUCUUCGCCUAUCUAUCACCGCGAUAUCAAGUCAACAAACAUACUCUUGGAUGACAAAUACCGCGCUAAGGUCUCAGAUUUUGGGACGUCAAGGUCAGUAUCUCUUGAUCAGACUCACUGCACCACCCAAGUUCUAGGCACCUUUGGCUACUUGGAUCCGGAGUAUUUCCAGUCGAGCCAGUUCACAGAAAAGAGCGACGUCUAUAGCUUUGGUGUGGUUAUGGUUGAGCUUUUAACCGGAGAGAAAGCCGUGACAGCAAUUAGAGCUAGGGAAGGAAGGGGUUUAGCCACACAUUUCUUGCACUCAAUGGAGGAGAACAUGUUGUUCGAAAUACUUGAUGCAAGGGUCCUCAGAGAAGGCAAGAGGAAUGAAAUCAUGGCUGUAGCUCAACUUGCUAGAAGAUGUUUGCAUUUGAAUGGGAAGAGAAGGCCAACAAUGAAGGAAGUUGCAGCAGAGUUGGAAGGAAUCAAAAAGGUGGAAGAAUGUUCGUAUGCUGAAGAAAGAGAGGGUGGCAGCAGAGAGUUUCAACCUCUUUCUAUAGAGGUUGCUGAGUCUAUCAGCUUCUCUUCCAUUACCCCGUUUUCGCCAGAAGCUGAGUAUCCAUUGCUUGGUUAGUGAACCCUGUAUAGAUGAAGGACUACUUUCUUCAUCAGCUUUGCUUGGAAAAUUGUUUUUCUAACAUAAUUUUCUUUUUAUCAUUCAAGAAAGAGUUUGUAUUGAUCUUAGAUUAUUGAAAAAUUGUGUUAUGUA